AUGGAUACGGGUAACGAUCCAUUUUUAAACAUGAGUGAAUCAGCAGAAUGGAAAUGUUAUUCUGAUGUGAAAAAUUUAAUUAUUGAAAAUGCAUAUCAAACAAAUAAAAAUCAUGGACCUGAAAAACAACGAACAAGUGAUGAUUCUUCAAGUGAUAGUAAUGAUGAUGUUGAUCAUUUUGAUAAUUCUCUCUAUAAUGGUCUUCACAGUGAUAUUGGUCGUAUUGGAUUUACUCUUGAUUGGAAAAAUUAA